AGGGAAAGGAAGGUGGGCAGAGGAGCUGCUGCUGCUGUUGGUCCCAGGGGCGUCCGGGCUGGUGGCGGCUCCGGCUUCUUCAGCCUUCCUCCUCCUCCUCCUGCGCUCAUCCCUCGCCGCCUGCGCCCGAUCCCGGCUGGGUUGGGGACGUGGGCUGGAGGGGAGAGCCAUGAACCGAGGCUUCGGCUCGGCGGCGGAUCGCAACAAGGAGCCCAUCCUGGCCGUCCUGCGGGGCUACGUGGGGACCCGGCCGGGCGUGCAAGCGCUGGAGGUGGCCUCGGGCUGCGGGCUGCACGCGGCGCAUUUCGCCCAAGCGCUGCCCAACCUGGAGUGGCAGCCUUCCGACGUGGAUCCCCAAGCCCUGGCGAGCAUCUCAGCGUUUAUCCAAACGCUCCAGCUCUCAAAUGUCAAGCCGCCCAUCUACUUGGACUCCUCCCAGAGCUGGGAGACUUGGGGAGGCCUGCGUCCGAAUUCUUUGGAUCUCAUCGUCAACAUCAACAUGAUUCAUAUCUCAGAAAUGAAGUGCACUCAGGGUUUGUUCCAGGGAGCUGGAAAACUACUCAAACCCAAAGCAGUGAUGAUCACCUAUGGACCCUACGCAGUGAAUGGUUCCAUCACUCCACAGAGCAAUGUGGAUUUCGAUUACAGGUUGAGGCAGAGCAACGGGAUGCAGUUGGAAAACAUGGUCGACAUGCCGGCAAAUAACAAGUGCCUCAUUUUCCGCAAACACUAAGUCGCUGGACUGCUGUCUCCACGAAGGAACUUCAUGGACCCCUUUGAAAUGCUGUGGAGGUCUUCUCCCUUGGCAGGAUUUCUUCUGCUGAGCUCUGCUUCUUGACACAUCCAUGAGGAAGUGCUUAUGGGGUAUUGGGACCAAGUGCCAUCAUCAAUUCAUAACUGGGGGAGAAAAAAAAUUUCUGCAAGAAUUGUGGUCCAACAGAGAUGGUUGCUCUUGACUUUCUCUGGUGGACAGAGAGUAUGCUAAUGGCUCUUUGGAGUUGGGGGCUAGAUGCUUGCGUCCUUGGACAAAGGAGAGUUCGAGGACCACUGUUGUUCAUGCAAUGGCUUGGCCAGUGUGGUCAUGCACUUAUCUGCCUUGGAUAUUAAUGCUUCAGAAUCAGUUUUGGCUUCUGGGUUAUGGCGCUCACAUCACAAAUUUAGAGGCACCCCUCCAGCUCAUAUCAGGGUACACUAAACUCAGUUAACAAGACUGUUUCCCUAAUUAAAGCUCUGGUUACCAGCUGCAUGGUAGUUUGGUAGUCCUCCAUAACAGAGACCCUGCUUGCUGGAUUUGGAACACUGCACAUUGUAACCAAAGUUUGAAAUCCUGGUAUUUCAAAUUCAGGAUGCUUUAAAAAGGUCUGCGGGUUUUGAUUUGGGCAACAUGGCAAGCCAUAAAUCCUGGUUAAUACAUGACGGCUGGGAUUGGGAGGUGGACUGAGCAAUUUUGCUGGUUGUGAUGAGGUUGUGGCUUUGGAGAAAGGUUAUGAGUAGAGGCAAUUUGGGAAGAAUGCCUUAAGACAGGGCAACUUGUGGAUUUCAACUCCCAGAAUUCCCCAGCCAACAGAAUUCUGAGAGCUGAAGUCCACAAAUAUUAAAAGUGGCUGAAGUUACAUGCUCUGGCUUUAAGAAGUCUGGAACAUAAUUUUUCCUCCUAAAUUACUAAAAUGUUUGCCGUUUAUUUCAGUGGAAGGGAAAAUCCAUGACUCUCUAAUUUGCAUGUAGAAUACUCUCUCCCUCUAGUGGUGAUGUGUGGCAUAUCCAUGUUUCUUUAAUUAUUUGGGUGAUGUGUGAUAACCCACAAAAAAUAGCCUUGGCUAAGAAUCAAGGUAAUGGCAACUUACAUCAUCUGUGUUGCAUUUGGGUGCAAAUAAAUAUAACGUUUUGGCAUUCCUACACGAGUAUCACUUGGUUGUUAUCCAGUUCACUAUCUACAGUGGAGCCAUUUGGAAAGGUAAAUCUGAUAGUGUGUCACCAGGGGGCAGUAUUUGAUCACGUUUGUCUGGGCUCAGAAGCUAAGCAGGGUCUGUCCUGGUUACAACUUGGAUGGGCCUUCAAAGAACUUUAGGGCUGUAGGGAAACAGUAAAACAGC